CGGAUGGAGGCAGAAAAAUACAUUGGACUUGCACUUGCAUUGACAUCGUCAUUGCUGAUUGGAACCAGUUUUAUUAUUACCAAAAAGGGGUUGAUGGAUUCAGCAAGAAAUAACGGCGGUCGUGUCGGGGAAGGCUUUGAUUAUCUCAAGAACCCAAUGUGGUGGGCUGGCACUAGCACAAUGAUUCUGGGUGAAGUGGCCAAUUUUCUCGCAUACUCAUUUGCGCCUGCUAUCUUGGUAACUCCAUUGGGUGCUGGCUCUGUCUUUGUCAGUGCUAUUUUAUCAUCGAUUUUUCUCAACGAGAAUCUUGGACGAGACGGCGUUAUUGGCUGUGUUCUCUGUGUGAUUGGGUCUUUGGUUGUUAUUUUACAUGCUCCAGAGGAAGAUGCCAUCGAGACUGUGGACGACGUGUUUAGGCACUUUGUUCGUCCAGGGUUCAUGAUUUACAUUGUGUUUGUCGCGGCAGUAUCCGUAUACCUCAUAUACUAUGUUGGUCCGCGAUUUGGAAAGCGAAACAUGCUGGUUUACAUCUCCAUCUGCUCGCUGGUUGGCUCAAUAUCCGUCAUGGCAGUCAAGGGCUUUGCUGUGGCAAUCAAACUCACAUUUGCUGGAGACAAUCAACUCUUGCAUCUUUCAACAUGGAUAUUUGGUUUGACAAUGCUCUUGUGUGCCAUGACACAAAUUAAUUAUUUCAACAAGGCACUCGAUUUGUUUUCUACCAAUCGUGUUACUCCCAUCUACUAUGUGUUUUUCACAACUGCUACGAUUAUUGCGUCCAUUAUUCUAUCCGAAGGUGUCAAGCGAUCCACACCGGUUGAAAUGCUUUCAGUUUUAUCGGGAUUCACUACUAUAUUUAUUGGGGUAUUUAUGGUCAAUGGAGCCAAAUCUAAUCAAGCCUCAUUCUUGGACAAGUCAUUAUCCAGACGCACAUCCAUCUCACUUGGACCACGACUGUCAAGUGGCAGUCUUUCAAACAAGGCUAUUGUUAGCGAACAUCAUUUAUUAAAGACGUUUGACGAGGAUCAUUUAGGAUUUUCAGAAGACGAUGAUAUUGUUUAAGACACACGAGUGUCUUUUUCCACAUGCCGCGCACCAUUAGCAUUUUUGGGCCUAGUCAUCCCUUUAUGCUAUGGAGGACCUGCGAAUACCUCGCUUUCCGUUAAACUCUGCUCAUAUAUGGGGUUGAUGUGGUUUUUAUUAGAUGAACUUUUAAUGUUGACUAUUUUUUAAAUCAUAACAUUACUUUUAAACUU